AUGUCCACGGACGAAGAUCAGCAGGGUGCCGCCUCUGCUUCAACUACUCCGCCUGUUGUCUGUUCCGGCCCCAUUCAACCCGCCUUCCUUCAGCGGUACCGGACGUGGAAGUUUUCCGCCAUGGAGCCCAGUGAGGUGAUAUCGGAACGCGAUCCUUUGUUGCCGAACGAGCCUUGUGUCGCCUCGAUUGCCACGCCACCAAGGAGCCUCGGCAAGAACAAGAGCGGCCACAUCCUGAACAGCGAUUCACGCAACAUGAUCUUCCACUGCUACACGUACUGGUGCAACAGGGAGCCUGAACGCAGCGUGGAGGACGCGAGCAACCUGCUUGCCGAGAUCGGCUUCAAGCGUGAAAAGAGAAGCCGCAACUCGCUGCUUAUCGGCCGGGAUGACAUCACCGAUUGGCGGAAUCGCUUCCUCCGUGACGUGGAGUGUUACCGGGCGGAAGGCCGAAAGAUCUUCUACCUGGACGAGACAUGGGUGACGGCGGGACCCACUCGGUCGAUCGUGUGGACAGACACCGUGGUGCAGAAGCGCGGACGCCUGUUCGCUCGAGCAAAUGGCCUGACGACGGGUCUAAAACAACCUUCUGGGAAAGGUCAGCGCCUGAUCGUGACGCACAUCGGCAGCGAGGAUGGCUUCGUGGACGGCUGCUUGAAUGUAUUCCGAGGCCAAAAGACAGGCGACUACCACGAAGAAAUGAACGGCAGUCGCUUUGAGGGCUGGUUCAAUGACGUUCUGCAGAAGUUGCCGGCUGGUAGCGUCAUUAUUUUAGACAAUGCACCUUGCCAUAGCCGACGAGAAGAGAAAUUGCCGAGGACGGCCUGGAAGAAGGAAGAGAUUCAGGAGUGGACUGUAAGGGCCGGUUGCAUUGUACUCAGGCUCCCGCCGUACCACUGCGAAUUGAAUCCCAUUGAGCUUGUGUGGGCCAAGGUCGAAAAUGGCGUCGCUGCGGACUACCGAGACUUCAAGCUGUCCACGGUCGACGCCAUCUUGGGAGAUAAAAUCAAGCAGGGAACGGCAGAAGACUGGAGGACGAGCAUUCAGCACGUGAUGGACUUGGAGGCAAAGUUAAGACUUGACACGUCUGGGAGUGAGCACAUUCAACCCAUCAUCAUCCAGCUGCGUGAAGAUGACACUGAAGAAAGCGACGACGACUGCGAGCUGUCUGGAAUUGAGCCACUCGACGAAGAAUAG